CCGUCCGCCAUAUUUAUAACUGAUGGUACAAGGAAAGUCGACAAAGCUAACCAUAUCCUGAAUUCAGCUUGUGCAGCAGCGAAUUUUUGCUGAAUUUCUUCUGUAUAUUGUCUAAUUGAUUCAUGGGUGUGUAGAAGAUCGAUCCGAGAGGAAGAUGUCGGCUGCUGUUGGUGAUUUGAACGGCAUGACGCCGAUGAAAGGCGCACAGCAGGCCACAGCAGCCACUCAACCACCCCAAGCUUACGGCAAGAUAUCGUUGCAACUGACAAACUGCCUCCUGCCAGAGGAAAAAUUGUCGCCGACGCCAUCCGAGUUGGAUGGCCUUGACAAGGAGGUGGAAAUUGAUCUUCGCAUAAUUGGCUGUGAACUCAUCCAGACCGCUGGCAUGUUGCUCAAGUUGCCCCAGGUCGCAAUGGCCACGGCUCAGGUGCUGUUCCAGCGAUUUUACUACUCAAAGUCCUUCGUGCGCCAUCCAAUGGAGAUAUUCGCCAUGGGCUGUCUUUGCUUGGCCUCUAAAAUAGAAGAAGCGCCUCGAAGGGUCCGAGAUGCCAUCAACGUCUUCAGCCACAUCAAACAAGUGGAUUCUGGAAAACCGAUCGCGCCCGUCGUCUUGGACCAGAUCUACAGCACGCUGAAAAUACAAGUUAUUAAGGCUGAGAGGAGAGUUUUGAAGGAGCUGGGCUUUUGCGUCCACGUCAAACAUCCUCACAAGAUUAUCGUGAUAUACCUCCAAAUGCUGGGCUUUGAGAAAAACGAGGAGUUCAUGCAGUGUUCUUGGAACUACAUGAAUGAUUCGCUGAGGACAAACGUCUUCGUGAGAUACGACCCGGAAACAAUCGCCUGCGCCUGCGUCUACCUCUCAGCCAAGAAACUGAAAAUUCCCAUGUUGAAAGAGCCGCCGUGGUACUCGCUCUUCGGCGCCAAAGAGGACGAUCUUUUGGAGAUUUGCUAUUCCAUCCUGCGACUGUACAACCGACCAAAGGCCAACGCGGACAAGUUGGAGAGAAUCGUGGUGGAGCUGCAGACCAAGUACCAGGAGGAGAGGGCCAGGCAGAGGAAGCUGGCCGGCCUGCUCAACUCUGCCAACAACACGCCAGCUCAAAACAGCUUAAGCCCGUCAACGCCGGCCGUGAAAAAACCCAUUCCCGAGGUGUCUCCUAGAAGUAAAGAAACGCGUCGCAGCGACACGCCCAGUCCGCACAAGCACAAGUCGAAAAGCAGCAAGAAGCACCGGCAGAGUUCGACGUCAUUGUCGCGCUCGCGCUCCCGCUCGCGGGACCGCGGCAGGAAAAAGCUGAAGAGUCGCAACGGCAGCAUCUCGCCGCCGCACUCGCCAGACUACAAACGCAGCCACAAGUCCAGGGAGAAACGCUACCGCUCCAGGUCGCGCUCCAGAGACAGGAGAGACAGAUCUCGUUCACGUUCCUACGACCGCUACAAAUACCACGAGAAGAGCAAGAAGCACAAGUACAGGGAUGACGCCAGCCGCAAGAGGAAGGAGAUCAGGCGCUAGCCAUGGGAAAAGCGGGCUUUUUCAUCCACAGAUUUAUUUUUAAAACGCAGAUCUAUUUUAAAUAAAUGGAAAAGUACUCACACCUUUUCAAUCCGGUUCUCCAUACAGUUGUUGUACUUAGGCUUUCUUCACACACACUCGAUUAAAAUUCUAAAUUUUCAAUUCAAUUUGCUGUACGGAAUAGGAGUUUUAAAUUUGUAAAUACAGCCUUAACCGUCA